GUCUACUGGACAGCGCCCGAAUGAACUGGCACACAGAUUCCAUCCUUAUUAGCGUCAUAAGCUACGGAGCCGCAUCAGCACCAGCACCAAGUCUGAGCAGAGUGGACGGGAACUUACAUAAACAACCACACACAAGACACGCCGACUCCCCGGACCCGAAACUCGGUGGGAAAACCAAGGCUUGGUACCGCUGUGAAUCCAGGAGCCAGUUUGCUCCCUUAAAUGUCACAGCAACAGGGCAGCAGCAUGUCUGAAACCAAAUCCAGCCAGCGAUUCCACAGCCUGAAUGCUGAGCAGGUGGAGGUUCUCGAUCAGGUUUUAUCUGAGGUCGUUCCAAUCCAUGGCCGUGGGAACUUUCCCACACUGGAGCUGCGUCCUCGCGACAUCAUCACGGCGGUGCGGGCAAGGCUGGAGAAGCAGGGCAUUGCGGUGAGGGAUGUUCGCCUUAACGGUUCCACAGCGAGCCACGUCCUGGUCCGAGACAACGGAACAAGCUACAAGGACUUGGACAUCAUCUUCGGAGUGGAACUGCCGAGACAGGAGGACUUCCAGGUGAUCAAGGAGUCAGUGCUGGGCUGCUUGCUGGACUGCCUGCCUGCUGGGGUCAACAGGGAGAGGAUCAGCAGUGCCACAAUGAAGGAGGCCUACGUUCAGAAGAUGGUCAAGGUCUUCAAUGAACAUGAUCGCUGGAGCCUGAUCUCCCUCUCCAACAACAGUGGAAAAAACCUGGAACUCAAAUUUGUGAGUGCACUUAGACGGCAGUUUGAGUUCAGCGUCGACUCCUUCCAGAUCAUUCUGGAUCGUCUACUGGAGGUAUCUUCAGAUAAGCCUGAACAGAGCAACGCUCCCCGGGCGUCAGGCUCUGUCCCCGCUGUCGAGGUCCUGGCAGAAAGCAUGUACGGUGACUUUGAGGCAGCCAUGGACCACCUGCGCUACCGCCUCAUUGCCACCAGGAACCCUGAGGAGAUCCGAGGUGGUGGUCUUUUGAAAUACAGCAACCUGUUAGUCAGGGACUAUCGACCAGCCAGUGAGACACAGAUAAAGACACUGGAGCGCUACAUGUGCUCACGCUUCUUCAUAGAUUUCCCUGAUGUGCAGGAGCAGCAGAGGAAGAUCCUGUCCUACUUGAAGAACCACUUCAUCGGAGAGGAGAGAAGUAAGUACCAGUACCUGAUGACGCUGCGCCGCGUCGUGGAUGACAGCACGGUGUGCCUGAUGGGACACGAGAGGCGGCAGACGCUGAACAUGAUCACAGUGCUGGCGUUGAAGGUUCUAGGAGAGCAGAACAUUAUCCCCAACACAGACCAUGUCACAUGUUUCUACCAGCCUGCCCCAUACCUUGCCGAGCACAGUGCCCCCUACAUGGCAGAGCCCAGCUACUGCAGCUACUAUAUACCCCAAGGGGGAUCAACUCUGCUUUACCAGCCUUACCCCUUACACCUACACACACAGACUGGAAUGGUCUAAAACAUGUGCAAACACACACAGGCUAGCAAACACACAUGCACACAAACAAACAAACAAACACACACACACACACACAAGGGGAAGGUGCUGGCCACUGAAAAAGAGCUGGAGAAUGGAAUUUUAAUCCAGGGAUAAACUGUUCGGUCUACAAUAGACCUAUGGGACUGAGUGGGUUUUUACUAUAGACUCACCAACCUCUCUGUACGGUUCUAACAUGAUUAUAUGUAAUUAUCUUGGUUUUGUGGGAAAAUAAUAAUUCUUCCGAUAUUGUUCAAAUUACGCUAUAUGCACCGUAUGAGUCACAGCCCUUUGGUCUCCCUGGGAAACCAACUGUGGUGUUGACUUUCACAUGCACACACAUACUGUA